UCUGCUUGUGCUUUUUUGAUGUUUGCAAUUUUGUGUUGUGCAAAGCAUCCUCGGCUCUUGCUACCUUUUCAUGAACAGCAACAUUAUGGUGCAACAUCUGUCAAAACAGGGGAGGUGUCUCAUAAAUUCUUUGUAAUGCAGGAAAUCUAAUCUGAGAAGAUGCAAAGGACAACCAGAAGAUAAGAGAAACUUUCACAGAAUUCAGAAUACAUGCAUCACUGUGCAUCCAAUAUAUUCCUGUGCUCCAAAUCCAAUACAAUCAAGAAGCAAAAGCAUGCAUCAAGAGAACAGUGAAAGGUGCCGAACAUUUCUGUUUCUGUGGAGGGCUCUAAAAGGGCUGAUCAUUGUUUCUGUCUGUAAUGCUAUGUUGCAGGUUUCACCAGUUCACUGCUGGACAUAUCACUACUCAGAAGAAAACAUGAAUUUUGAUCUGGCCCGUGCGUUCUGCAAGAGCAGUUACACUGAUCUGGUGGCCAUUCAAAACAAAGAAGAGAUAGAAUAUUUAAACAAAACCAUCCCCUACAACCCAAAAUAUUACUGGAUAGGAAUCAGGAAGAUCAAUGGUAUUUGGACUUGGGUGGGUACCAAUAAGACAUUGACAGAAAAAGCCAAGAACUGGGGGAAAGAUGAGCCAAACAAUAAGAACAAUAAGAACAAAGAGGAUUGUGUCGAAAUAUAUAUCCAAAGAGCAAAAGAUGCAGGGAAAUGGAAUGAUGAUGCCUGCAUAAAGGAAAAGAGAGCAUUGUGUUACACAGCCGUACAGUGUGACAGUCUGGCAACCCAACCUCAAGGAUACAUGAACUGCAGUCAUCCAUUGGGGGAAUUCAGCUUUCAAUCUUCCUGUAGAUUUGGGUGUACUAAUGGAUUCCAUUUAAAUGGAUCUCAUGAAACAGAAUGUUUAUCUUCUGGAGCCUGGAGCAGAGAACCACCUCAAUGUGCAGUGGUACAAUGUGAGAAUCUGAGAGAUCUACCUAAUGGACAUAUCAACUGCACUCAUCCAUGGGGGGAUUUUAGUUAUCAGUCCUCUUGCAGAUUUGCCUGUUUUAAAGGAUUCCACCUAAAUGGAUUAAAUGAAACCAAAUGUUUAUCUUCUGGAGGUUGGAGCAGAGAUGUUCCCCACUGUACAGCUGUACAGUGUGAGCGUCUGCCAGCCCAAUCUCAAAGAUACAUGAACUGCAGUCAUCCGUUGGGUGAAUUCAGUUUUCAAUCUUCUUGUAAUUUUGGGUGUUCUGAGGGAUUCAAUAUAAAUGGAUUUUACGAAACAGAAUGUUUAUCCUCUGGAGCUUGGAGCAGAGAACCUCCUCAAUGUACAGUGGUACAGUGUGAAAGCCUUUCAGACCAAACACAAGGAUUUAUCAACUGCACGCAUCCACGGAUGGAAUUUAGCUACCAAUCCAAUUGCAGAUUUAGAUGUUCUGAGGGAUCCCAUCUCAUUGGAUCAGAUGAAAUUGAAUGUUUAUCUUCUGGAUCGUGGAGUAGAGCACCUCCCCAAUGCACAGAUCACAUGGCUUCCCACAACCAUGAACCAAACCACUUCAAACUAUUGGUUAUAACUGGUGGAGCCACAGCUGCGAGUGCUUUUGUUCUUGCAUUAGCAACAUGGCUAAUCAGCCGAAGACUAAAAAAAGGCAAAAAGAAACACAGGGCUACCUCGUAUUAAAAAGCCUUGAAAACGGCAUUCAUAUUCUGACGUUCUACAGCAUUGCUUCAUUACAAACACCAUCAAUUCAGUAGGACAAGCUUCUCACGCCCAUGUCAGUACAGUAAAGUGGCUUCCCAUGCAAUGUACUUAUGUACUUAGCAUAAAUCCAAGACUCUUCAUAGAUAUAGUCUUGGUCCACAAUCGUUUUUCCGAGUGACCUAGAUUUUCUAAAUGUUGGAGAAAAUGGAACCCUUCUGUUUCUAUAGGACUGCGUGUCUCGUUAUUCCAAGCAGUAUUUUAGAUCAUCAUGGCAACAAUGACAUUGCUUUUCUGUAAUAUAUUUAUAACAAAGAUAUAACAAAGAUAUUCUUUUAAUAGGAAAUCAACAUUGUGACCAGCAUGCAUAGAAUUUUUAUCGCUAUAAUAGGAAAGUGAUUCUCUUCAGUGUCUUGGCUUAAAUAAGGCUGUUCCUUGUUUUACAAUUGCAUAUUUGUAAAAAUAUCCAUAUUAAAAAGACAAGAAAAGG